UCCUUGGUUUAGAACUGUUUUUUGUGGGUACUGUCUUAGGCGUGUUCCUUAGAGCAGUGCAAAAGCAAAAAUCAGCUAUUCAGAAAUCUGUAAGUGAAGUGAUAAAAUCUUUCCAAGAGUCAAUGAGAACUUUGCAGGACCAGCUAGAAAAAGAGGCUAUUCAAAAAUCUACCGGUGAGGUGAUAAGAUCUCUUCAAGAGUCAUUGAAGGCAUUACAGGAGCAAUUAGGAAAAGAACGCCUGCAGUUAACUGCUGAGCGUCAGGCACUGCAGAGGGAGAGAGAGAUAAACUCAUUGCUUCGGUCAGCCCUGCAAGAUGAGGAGGAACAAAAUGAAAGGCUUAAAAGGAUACUGGAAAUGAAAAAUUGUGAAUUGCGAGAUAUUAAUUUAAAAUACCCUAAACCAGUGGAUGUUAACAAAUCCCUGUACCCCUCUGGGGAAUUAGAAGAGUUGAAGCAAAGUUACCUGGAGGACGAGGUAAUACAUAUGCGUCCCCUCAUUAAAACUGAAACCACUGGCCAGGGGGCAGAUCGGCAAACUACCACACGAAUUACCCCGUACACGGGGGAGGCACUGGCCAAAAUUCAGGAAAAAUACAGCCGUAAGGCCAGUGAAUCAGAGACUGAAUAUGUGUGGAGAGUGUCCCUUACCGGGGGGGAUCGAAUUUUGUUGAGUGAAGAUGAGGCCAGAGGAUUUUGGGGCCCAGGGGUCUUCCUGACCACAAAUGAUAACCGAGCCCCGUGGUCCUUGACCCAGAGAGCUGCCUACUGGGCAGGCGGGUUAGACCCUAUAGAAAGGGGAGAUCCUUACACGAUUAAAACACCCACAAUUGGCCACAUUGUAAAAAGCGUACAAAAAACCGCAUGUCUCCAAUUAAUGCAUACAAAAUUAUUAGACCCACAACGAAAUUCCCCAAUGGAACUCGAGGCGGAUCCACAGAGAUUUCCAGUCUUAAUUCGAGGUCUGCCUGAUGCACUAAAAGUUUAUGCUAAACAAUUACAGGAGCGCAUAAAGGCAACCCCCAGACCUAGAAGAAGGGGUGCUCCAUCAGGAAUAACCUGGUUGGAGAUAGCCCAAGAAUUAAUAGCUACUGGUCAGCAACUGGGGCUCUCUGGUACCAGUGGUCAGAGAAUACACUGCAGGAGGGCAGGGAAGGUCCAAAAACCUGCCCCACCAGGUAUUUGUCAACAAAAUGUGUCAUCUAGCAGGAGAAAGAGAUACAGUUUGUGGGUAGAAGGUGUUGCAAAAGGAAUCCCUCGAGAAGUGAUGGAUAAAUUACCCACUGCUAAUUUGGAAUACUUGAUAAAGCACUGGGAUAAGAUAAAAGAGCACAAGUCACCCCCUAGGGACAGUCCCCCUAAGGAGUCCAACACUGUGAUCCCCUCAGCCUCUCCAGAAACUGGACUAACCAGUUUGACCAGUUCUGAGUCAAGAAACUGGACUUACUGCUCUCAAGUAAAUAAGCCAAAAAAUAGCCAGUGGGUUUAUGAGAGAAAGCUUACAGAAAACAACCAGGGAGAUAUGGUAGUCACUUUUCCUCUCGGCCCUUUUAAAUCUUUGGUUACAUUCGUGGUAGACACUGGUGCUCAGGUCUCAGCACUCCAAACUGAAGCUGCUACUCAGUGUGGCAUUAAACCAGACAAAAAAAAGAUAUGGGUAACUGACGCUUUUGGCAAAUCCCACCCCCAAUACACUGCUCGAGUGAAAUGCUGGUUACCUGGAGAUGAGACAGCCACAGAAACUAUCAUGAUUGUGAGGCCAUUACCAGCUAACAUCCUGGGGUUAGGUCUGCUAAAGGGGAAGGCCUGGACAGACACCAGAGGGAGAGAAUGGGUGUUUGGUCUCCCACCCCCCUCUGUCCGUCUGAGUUUAUUUGUUUUUUGGAGAAAACAUGCUCCAAACUUCUCUAUUAUUACUGCCCUAGUGACAUUAUGCCAGAUAAGAAAAGGAGUUGGAUAAAUAGAUAGUUCCUUCUUUUUAAUAAUGGGUCCGUAGUGGGCCAGAUUUCUUUUUUUUUGCAGAAACCUACCAGCAGAAGAGAUCCC